AUGAGUCGGAUGCUCCGCUGGGUGUUGGUAGCUUUCGUCGUUUUCUUCGCCCUAUUCCCACAGCCUGGUCUUGGUGGGAUGGCUGGGCCAACAGGAGCCCUGCAGUGGGGGAAACAGCCCUGGGACAGGGGGCUGCAUGCUUCUGAGGUCACCUAUCCCAGCCGCCUGGUGGGGGAGAGCUCUGGGAGAGAGGUCAGCAAGCAAGAGCUGGACACCAGAGCACGCAAGGAGCCCCCUGGGGGCCCGCCUGUCCACCUGGCCCAGGUGAGCUUCCUCAUCCCUGCCUUUGGUUUGAACUUCACUUUGGACCUGGAGCUGAACCAUCACCUCCUGGCUUCACAUUAUGUGGAACGGCAUUUCAGCAGAGAUGGGACCACCCAGCACCGCACAGGGGCCGGGGACCAUUGCUAUUACCAAGGAAAGCUUCGGGAUAACCCAGAGUCCUUUGCUGCCCUCUCUACCUGUCAGGGACUGCAUGGAGUCUUCUCUGAUGGAAAUUUCACUUACACCCUCGAGCCCCAAGACGCAUCCCAGGGGCCUCUCCCCCACAUCAUUCACCGGACCUCUCUUCUCCCAAUCCCUGGAUGCAGGGAACCAGGUUGUCUGUUUGCUGCUCCCUCACUUCCUGUUCCACCGGCCCUGCCCAGGCUGAGAAGGAAAAGGCAGGUCCGGCGUGGCCACUCUACCGUCCACAGUGAGACCAAAUAUGUGGAACUCAUUGUCAUCAAUGACCACCAGCUGUUUGAGCAGCUUCGUCAAUCAGUCGUCCUUACCAGCAACUUCGCCAAGUCUGUGGUGAACCUGGCUGAUGUGCUGUAUAAAGAUCAGCUUAACACUCGAAUUGUGCUGGUCGCUAUGGAAACAUGGGCAGGCAGUGACAAGAUCCAGGUACAGGAUGACCCUCUAGAGACCUUGGCUCGACUUAUGGUUUACCGGCGGGAGGGACUACCUGAGCCCAGCGACGCCACACACCUCUUCUCGGGCAGGACCUUCCAGAAUGCCAGAAGUGGCACUGCCUACGUUGGGGGCAUCUGCUCCCAAUCUAGGGGAGGUGGUGUCAAUGAGUAUGGCACUGUGGCAUAUGUGGCAGUGACAUUGGCACAGACCCUGGGGCAGAAUCUGGGCAUGAUGUGGAACAAACAUCGAAGUUCAGCAGGCGAGUGCAAAUGUCCAGACACCUGGCAGGGUUGUAUGAUGGAAGACACAGGGCAUUACCUGCCCCAAAAGUUCUCGCGCUGCAGCGUGGAGGAAUACAGCCAGUUUCUGCAGGAGGGAGGCGGCAGCUGCCUUUUCAACAAGCCCCUCAAGCUGCUGGAUCCCCCGGAGUGCGGAAACGGCUUCGUGGAGGCCGGGGAGGAAUGUGACUGCGGCUCGGUACAGGAGUGCAACCGAGCCGGCGGGAACUGCUGCAAGAAAUGCACGCUGACCCACGACGCCAUGUGCAGCGACGGGCUGUGCUGUCGGGGAUGCAAGUAUGAGCCAAGGGGAGUGUCCUGCCGAGAGGCUGUAAAUGAAUGUGACAUCGCAGAGACCUGUACAGGGGACUCCAGCCAGUGUCCCCCUAACCUGCACAAGCUGGAUGGUUACUAUUGUGAGCAGGAACAGGGUCGCUGCUAUGGAGGACGCUGCAAAACCAGGGACAAGCAGUGCCGGGCACUCUGGGGCCACAAUGCUGCUGACCGAUACUGCUAUGAGCGACUGAACGUGGAAGGGACAGAACGAGGAAACUGUGGGCGGAAGGGCUCUGGCUGGGUCCAGUGUAGUAAGCAGGAUGUGCUCUGUGGAUUUCUUCUUUGUGUCAAUAUCUCUGGUGGGCCUCGGCUAGGGGACCUGGGCGGUGACAUCAGCAGCAUCACCUUCUAUCACCAGGGCAGGGAGCUUGAUUGCAGGGGGGGCCAUGUGGAACUAGCAGAUGGCUCAGACCUGAGCUAUGUGGAGGACGGCACUCCCUGUGGCCCCAACAUGCUCUGCCUGGAUCACCAUUGCCUCCCGGCCUCAGCCUUCAACUUCAGCAGCUGCCCUGGCAGUGUGGGCCGCAGGAUCUGCUCUGACCAUGGGGUUUGUAGCAAUGAGGGGAAAUGCAUUUGUCAGCCAGACUGGACAGGUAAAGACUGCAGUGUCUACAACCCAAUGCCCACGUCUCCACCCACAGAAGAGACUGAAAGAUACAAGGGUCCCAGCGGCACCAAUAUCAUCAUCGGCUCCAUCGCAGGGGCAGUACUAGUUGCAGCCAUCGUCCUGGGUGGCACUGGCUGGGGAUUUAAAAACAUCCGCCGAGGAAGGUAUGACCCGACUCAGCAGGGGGCAGUGUGAUGACCUCUCCACUUCCAUUCCACCUGCAUCCACAUCUGCAUCUGUCUCCAUCUCCAUCUCCAUCAUCAGCUGCCAUCCUGAUUUCUCCAUUGGGCACAGACCUGAGCUCACUAUUCGCCACCUAGUUCCCUUUGCAGGGAGUGGGGUGCUAGGUUGGAGAAUGACAGGCACCAGUGCCCUCUGUCAUUCCAGCCUGCCUGCCUUGGAUCCAGCCUGGCUAUUGGCUUAUCCACCUGCUUACUCAUUGAAAGGGUCACUUUACCGGACCAUCCUUUUCUACCACCAGCUCUCCACAGCCCCCACUACAGACCAAGGCCCCGCAAAUAUCCACUGGGUCUCCUCAACCUCUGUCCUUCAGCAAUAAAUAACCACAGCACCAGUCCCCUGGGGAUGGGGGAAACACAGGCCCCACAAUCCACCUGUCUCCCCAUCCCAUCUGUUCAUUUCUUCCAUAUCGUCUACUGUCUGACCUCCCCUGCUCCUCCUCCCUUCUAGCCUUUCAUGUGUUCUGUGACUUUCCCUUCACCCUCUACAGAUUGUCAUGGUGACAGACAGGUCGUACUUA